UCUCCGACAAUCUGGGCGUCGGAAGAAGACGUCAUUUCCUGCGCGCUUUGUUGCCAUUGAGAGAGAAAGAGGGCGAAGAUGGCGUCGGCGAGGAGCCGUUGGCUGUGGCGCUGCUGCCGCGCCUUUUUCGGACGCAGCUUUCCACUCUUCUCCAGUGUGAGGCCGCAAUUCGUGCCUGGAUUGAGGGCGCCGUGGAAGAAAAUGGCCACUCUGGGCUUUGGAAUGACCUUGGCCGCUAUUCCGAUUACACAGAAACACGAUCCGGGAUCUCUAAGCAAUGAAGCCUUGAUCCGAAGAGCUAUCUCUCUAGUAACCGACAGCACCGGGACACUCCUUAAUCAAACCACUUACGCAUUAAUUGAUGCUCUAACAGAAUAUACAACGGCAGUCUACACACUGGUGUCCCUGUACCAAAAAUACACGCAUCUCCUGGGGAAAAUGAAUUCCAAAGAGGAGGAUGCCGUUUGGCAAGUGAUCAUCGGGGCCCGAGUGGAGAUGACGUCGAAGCAGCAGGAAUAUCUCAAAUUAGAAUCCAGGUGGAUGACCGCCCUGCGGCUAUCAGAGAUGGCUGCAGAAGCAGCGUAUCAGUCAGGGGCUGACCAGGCCUCCGUGUCGGCCCACAACCACAUCCAGCUAGUGAAGACCCAGGUCCAGGAAGCCCGGCACCUCUCCCAGAAGGCCGAAACCAAGCUAGCCGAGGCUCAGACGGAGGAGCUCCUGAAGCUGAAGGAAGAGGAACCUUUGCUAGCCAACUCCCGGCAGGCCGUCAGCGACGAAACAGAUGACGCUUACCUCCGUGAAGAUUGAAGGUUGCUCGCACGGACACGACGAUCCUGCUUGGCGGGAAGGAACGUCACGGAGAACGGGGGAUUAGAUGCCGCUCUCUGGCUCCCCCAGCCUGGUUGACCCUCAGCUUUGAGCUGCGGGGUGUUCUGUUGCCUGUCUGUUUAAAUUCACAGCUAUGCAAACGCAAAAUAAUCUACCGAUGUGAGACGAUCCAUGCGCCCACCAGAAUCUAUAGAGAUAAUCGCACGGGGUAAUCACUUAAGGGCUGUGUCUUGUGUUGCCUUGCGCUGGUGUUGAGAAGGACAAAGGCUCUAACUGAGAUUUCAGAAAUUAGUUGUGGGGGAAAUUUUAACCGUUUGGAGCCGAAGUGUCGUUUUUGUGUGUUGUUGUUGUUGUUUUUCUAGUGAUGUACUCGGGAUCAUUCUCCCCCCGAACCGAAUUUUUAAAAUAAAAAAAUCCAAGGAACAGAA